AUGUCGCACCUCCAACAGCAGCUGAAGAGCUUCAACGCCGGCGUAAUGGACUACGCCCGGCAGAUGCCGGCGCAGCGCCGGUUCGUGCAUAACGCCGGCACAGGCAGCACGAACUCCGGCACCAGUUCGCAGGUCGGCGCAUCGACGCCGUCGACCCCCACACCCGGCGGCAACGACCCGACCAAACGGCGUCGCCACGACGGCGACGUCGUGUACUCGCAGCCGGCGAACACGGGCACAGGAAAGGACAUCAUGACGCAGGUGAUCUUCGCGAUCGAGCACAUGAAGAACAAGGGCGUGCCGCUGAAGUUCAACGACAUCGUAUCGUACCUGUCUCUGCAGCACCGCGCCCAUGACCAGGGGUAUGUGCAGGCGCUGCGGAGCAUCCUGCAGAUGCACGAGAAGGUGCUGUUUGAUGCGUCUGGGGCCAACGGCGAGGGCACGUUCAGUUUCCGCCCGCCGCAUAAUAUCCGCAGUGCGGAGCAGCUGUUGGCGAAACUGCAGGCGCAGACGUCGGGGGCGGGGAUGAGCGUGCGUGAGCUGCGCGAGGGGUGGCCUGCUGUGGAGGAGACGAUCAACUCGCUGGAGAAGGCGGGGAAGGUGCUCGUGACGCGCAACAAGAAGGACGACCAUGCCAAGAUGGUGUGGGCGAACGACCCGUCGCUCAUUCAACACUUUGACGACGAGUUCCGCCAGAUCUGGGAGAAGAUCCGCGUGCCGGACCAGCAGACUGUCAAGGAGGAGCUGGAGAAGGCCGGGAUUACCCCGACUAGCAAGAACAAGGUUGUCAAGAUGCGGCCGAAUUACGAGCACAAGAAAGUGAAGAAACCGCGGCGGAGUGGCAAGACGACCAACACUCAUAUGAUGGGGGUGUUGCGGGAUUAUUCUCAUUUGAAGAGGUGA